GUCAGAGCGAGCGAGUGUGUGUUUGAUAUAUUUUGUAUAAGUAAAUUGUAGAGCUUGAAUGGCAGCCGGCGGCAUGAUAUUCUUGCAGCUGUGGUGGACACUCAUGGUGUUGAGCUCAGGUGGCUCCAGUCACUCCACGGAGUCCGAGUCGGAGUCGCGGCUGCAUGGCUUCUAUAAUGCGCUGGACGAGGCGCGCCAGCAGCUGCAUGAGAUACAUUCAAGCUUUGAUACGCUGCAGGACGAUGAGCUACAUCGCUAUAGACGCAACAACAUAGACGAGAUGCUGGCCAGCUUUGCGCAGGGGGCAGACGAGCCAGAGGAUCAGGCGCUGCAGCAGGCGGCGGACGAUUGGUUUCGUGAUCUUCAAGCGGGCGCAGUCAAGGCGGCAGCUCCCAGUCUAAAGCAGCCGCGUGGCAUUAAGCAAAACAAAGCCAAGGACUUUCUAAGCGAUUACGAUCGCACCAUGGAGAGCACUGAAAUCGGCAAGGUAAAGAAGAAAUACAAAACAUUAAGUCGUGAUGAAAUGACUUGGAAUCGCGAUAAGCAGCCGAUUGAUCUUGAUCUUAUCAACGAUCCCUUGCAGCUGGACAUCAAGCUGAAGCAUGUGCAGCAGCAGCUGCGUAAGCAGGAGCACGAUCAGGAGCAGGAGGUGGAACGCGCUCGCCACAAGCAAACCGAGAAGCUGUCGGAGCAAAGCUCAAGUCUGCCCAACUUUGGCGAUGGCAACGUGCCCGAUGGCGUCUAUGAGCAGACGCUGCAGCGCCUCAAGUUUCCACACAUGAGAGCGAAUAAUUUGUCGCAUGAGGCCAAUUAUAAGCUGUCCAAGAUUGAGCAGGAGGCGUCGGAGCACAUAGCGUUGAAGCUGCCACGUUAUCCUGCCAGCUUGCAGAAGCGCAGCUACGCCAGCUCCGGCUUCAAUCCCAUGAACGAAAUCAAGCUGAAGACCAGCAGCAGACUAAUGCGCAAGGGCUUGGGUCCGUCGUUGCCGAGCAACUUGCUCACAGAUACGCAGCGUGCGCAGUAUGUGGAUGAAAUGAUAAAGCAACGCGAGCUUAGCGAGCAUGUGAACAAGCGACAAAAGCAGCAGAUAAAGAAGCAACGACUGCAGUCUGGCGAGGAUGAGGAAAGCUCUUUUGCCAGCCGCUAUGAGCCUAGAGGCAGCGCUGCCGCAGAGGAGACGCCAUUCAGUCUGCCACAAAGCUACGACUACCAUCUGCCGCAGUACGAGUCCUUCCAUGCGCUCAGCCAGCGCACCUUGCCACAAAUGCGCGACUAUGGCCAUGUGAGCUCCAAAAUGGAGUCGGAGCGCCAUAAGCGACAGCCAGAGGCAAUCAAUGAAGCAAAGCCUGCAGUCGCAGCUAGUGCAGUGGAUAAGGCUAUAGUUGCAGUCAAGUCUACGGAGUCAGUGCUGCAGCCCAAAUCCAAGCUGGAAGAUAAUGCUGCAAUAAAUGCCAAGCUGGAGGACAACAAGGAUGCUGUUGUCAAGCUUAUGAGCAACGACUAUGCGCUGGACGAAAGCGCUGAGCGUGACAAGCGUCAUGUCAAGCGCUGGAACUGGCAUAGCUUUGAUCGCGCCAAGGAUGCCAAACGCGAUAGCGCGCCCAAGUCUCGACGCCGCAAGCGUUCCAUAGACGUAGCGGCAGCAACAGCAGCAGCAACACAUGAGCUCAGCAAGCGGCAGCUGGAUGAAUUUGAGGAUCACAAUGGCAAUCGUGCGCGCUUUGGUCGCUUAGGCACUUUGGAUGGCGAUGCUGCUGCCGAGGAGUUGAACGAGGAGGAGGAGCUGGGCAUUGUGGAUGCCAAUACGUAUGCCAAUUCGCGUGCGCAGGUGCCCAUGCUGGGUCAGCCCAAUAAUAAUUUGGUUUAUCCGCAGUCACUGCCACAGCAGCAUCAGCAGUUUCCGUUGCAGCAGCAACAGUUGCCGCAAAUAUUGCAGCAGCCACAGCCAUUGCAAAAGCCGCUGCAAAUGCAGCCACAACAGCAAUUGCCGCAAAUGCAGCAGCAGCAGCAGCAACCAGCUCCACAGCAGCAGCAGCCAGCAGCACCACAGCAGCAGCCAGCAGCACAGCAACAACAACCACAGCCACAACCGCAACAACAACAGCAGCAGCCAGCAGCAACACAGCAACCAGCAGUGCAACACCAACCAUCGCAGUUCAAGGCAAGCUUUAAUCUAACGCACUUUUUCAAUGAGCUGGCUAAGCUGCAAAAGCCGCCAGCAACACAGCAACAGCCACAACAACAGCAACAGCAGCAGCAGCAGCAACAACAGCCACAGCAACAAUAUCAACCUGUUGCUGCUACACAGCAGCAGCAGCAGCAGCCCAUACAACAGCAACAGUUGCCUUAUAACAGUAACAUGCGACAGCAGCAGCAACUGCCACAGGCGCCGCCAAGAGCUGCUGCCCCACAGCAAUCGAAGCCUUACUAUGGUGUGCAUCGUUACUUUGGACCAUUCUUCAACAAAGGCAGCAAGACCAAUCUCUACAACGAUCCCUGCCUUACCACAACAUCAACUGCAGCGCCCAGUGUGGAUAUGGCCAACACUAUGAACCCAGAUUGCGUGCCCAUUACAUCGCCACCGCCAGCAGCAUCCUCAGAUGCCAGUGGUGCUGCUAUAAACAGCACAACAGCCGCUCCGGGCGUAGCCAGCACAGAAGCAGCCAGUGGCAACGGCAAUGCAACUGUCACAACGCCUAGUCCUAGUCCAACUGGCGAGAAUGUGUGCAACAGCGCGGAUGCAGUCAAACUGAAUGUAUCCAUCAAUGCCAACGUCUGUGGCGAUCCCAAGACGAAGCAGUUCUAUGGCAAUGGCUCGAUCAGUCUGCAGCCCAGCAAUCGGAAACUGAAUGUGGACUACGCCUAUGAUGAGCAGGAUGCUUUGGUUGAUGACAUAGACUUUGAGCUGGAUGGUGAGGAGCGUUUUGUGCGUCAGACUCGACGUAAUAGCACGACCAAGGAGUCCACCAAGCAAAAGAAGAAGGGCAAGGAUAAGAAAAAGAAGCCGGAACCUAAAGCAAAAGCCCAAGCCAAAGAGGACAUGUCUCCCAAGAUGAAAUGCGGUAGUGGCGUCAAUGAAAACGAAGACGCCUGCAAGGGCAACAUUGAGCAUUUGAUGACUGGGCGCGUCUCCACUGAGAUAGUGCAAGCUGUCUUCGAUACUCUCAGCCAUGAUCCGAGCAUGGAAGCGCUGCUUAGCGUUCUGGAGCACAACCGCCGCUGCGCCACAGAGCCUUCUAAGUAUUUUUAUCAGAUACGCAACGAUCUCAACGAGCGCCAGCUCCAGAGCACCGAGGAAAUGCUGCGCCAGACUAUGCAGACCAUCAGCAGCAUGAUCGACAGGCAGAUGCGCCAGCGCGCCUGCAUACCGCUGCGUCCCGAUCUGCAGAGCUUCUACGAUCUCAUACUCAAGUCCAUAGACGAGCAGCGCAAGUCGCGCGAGAAGCGCGAGAGCAGCCUGCGCAUGCUGGCCGAUGACUACAGCGAACAGCUGCGGGACUUGGACGCGGGCAACAUUGAGCAAAAGUCGCGCAUUGUCAAGAAGCUGCUGCGUCACUACGAGGACUUGCCCUUGGCGGAUCAGCGCAGCGUUGCCGGCAUACGCGAUGAGCUGCUCAUGGAUCUAAUUUAUCUGCGUAAAAUGGCGGACACGCUGCAGCGCAGUCAACGCAACGCCCAGCUCCAGGGCGUUCUCAAAAAGAGCAGCCAUGCCGAUAGGCCGGCGUACGAGGAGUACUCGCCGCGUUUCAUCAAGUUGCUCAAGACCGCAGAGAUGUUCAAGCAGGUGGGUGAGCAGCAGGCCAAGGAGGUAAUCUCCUAAGCUAAGCAAGGCAACAGUGAAUUUAUUAUUAAAUUUUAUGAAUUUUUUUUGUUAAGUCAUGGAUGUUUAUUGUUAAU